GUCCGUACACCCGCAUCCUUGAUGCGCCCAGUAAAGUAGGAGUGGCCGCAAAAGCGGCUGUGGUCUGAGGAAAGCACUGAACUUCUUCUUCUUCUUCUUCUUCUUCUUCCUCGAACCGACGACCGAAUUUUCACCACAAUGGCAACGGCAAUGGCAAUGGCAAUGGCGUCCUCUUCUUCCCUCUGAACUCUUCUCUUAGCAGAACAAAAUUACAGCACCAAAAAAGGCAAGUACCUCACCAUGUCAACAAGGCAAACUCACCUUCCUCCUCGUCCUCGCUGCCCGAUUCAAAAGAAAACAACUGCUGGUUCAAUUAAUGGUCCUAUUGUACCGACCCCACCUGUUAAUGAAUUCUUUCUGCAUCAUGAUAAUUCUUCUUCUCUGAGUUCUGGGUUGGAGGAAGAGCCUACAUGGCUUAAUGAACUAUUAAGCGACCGUGAAUCGAAUUCCAGAGGCCAACCGCUGCGACGCUCAGCUAGUGACUCUGUCACCAUUCUGGAUGGUCUUGCAGACUCACUGGGGAGUCUGUGUAUUGUCAAAGAUGUGGAGAAUUCAGUUGGAAAUGAAACUUGUGAACAAUGGGAUCCGUCUUGCAUUUAUGGCCCCAACUCACCUAGGAGAAAAUGCAGUUCAGACUUUUCGAACUACAGUAUGGUUUCUGCAUUAUCAGAAUUUGUCCAUCUUCACCAUGGGGCUCCAGUGCACAGAGAUAUUUGUUCUGUUGCUGAGAACUCUUCUACAAAUUUAAAAGGUGACGUUAACGAAUCAGUUAGGGAGAUUAACUCAGAUGAAAAUGCAGCAAAACGGCACUCUGGGCAGCGCUCAAGGGUUCGUAAGCUUCAGUACAUUGCUGAAUUGGAGAGGAAGGUUAAUGUUCUUCAGACAGUAGAAUCGCAGCUGGCAAUACGGGUUGCAUCACUGCUUCAAGAACGGGUGGCUUUAUCAAUUGAGAAUAGCAAAUUAAAGCAGCAGGUCACAAGAGUUCGACGAGAAAAACUGACUGCAGAGGGCACACACCAGGCUCUUAAGAAGGAGGUGGAGAAAUUGAAGCUUGUAUUAGCAAAACUUCCAGACAGAGACAGACAGCAAGUCAACAAGUCAUUUUGGACCAACCAUCUUCUUCCAGCCGAGUAGGUAGGAAAAUCGAACCACGUAUCGAAAGAUCAGCAGUAGAAUCCAUGGGAGAAAACUUGGGAGUUUUGAGGACAUGUCACUGAAAUGCUUGCCUCCUGCCACUGUUCUGCCAUUGGCAAUUAUUUUCUGCCAAUGAAAUGGAAACUGAAAUUUUUUUUUACUGAUCUGAUUUGAGGAAAAGAAAAAAAGAAAAAAGGAAAAAAAACUCUGAAAAUGAACCCUUUGGAUUGGAGUAGCUUUACCUGAAAGAAGGGGUUUGAAGUUGAAUUUUGCAGGAAAUUGGAGGCUGUUUCUACAGCCACAGGGAAAAUUUUAAA